CUGUCUCCCCCUUGUCCCUUUACCUAUCCUCUGAAACCCAAGGGGCCAACCUCUUCCGCUCUCAGAUGGGAUCCCAUAGCACUAUGCAUACCUAGGGGGCUCAAUGACCUUUACUCACCUCCCGCCCUCAAUUUGCUCUCUGAGACCAUAGUCUUGAUUAUGGGGUGAAGGGGGUAGGCCACGAAGCCACUGCUUCAGGGCAGAGGGAGAGUGCCCGGGGAUUCAGCACCAUGAAGCGGACAGCUCUGUUCCUGGUGGUCCCGCGAAAAGCGGGAGCGGCGGGAGGAGGAGUGCAAGGACUGACUGGUGGCGGGGUCUGGAGGGAGGCGGAGGCCGAGUUAGGAGCAGGGGACCCGGAGUCGGGAGGACCGGAGGAGGGGCUGGGGGCGGACCGGGCCGGGGGCGGAGCGGGCAGCGAUUGAAAGCGGCUGGGCGAACUGGCGGGUGGAGAGCUCAGAGCCAGCGAGCCAGCGAACCAGCGAGCGGAGUCGGAGUCCGGCGUCCCCGCUGCACUCCGAUUCCCCGCUCCAGAGCCGGGCGCGCCAGGAGCUGGGUCCUUUCUCAUCUCUCUUCCUGUCUGUCUUUUCCUGGUCCCUGUUUCUUCCUCUCUUUGCCUUUGCUGCUUCUACCCUGAUCCCUGGGAGACCCAGGUCUACUGGACCCAUUCAUCCCCUUUGUGGCCAUGGGAUCGCUGCUUGGGCUCCUGGCACUGCUGCUGCUGUGGGGUGCUGUGGCUGAAGGCCCGGCCAAGAAGGUGCUGACCCUGGAGGGGGACCUGGUGCUGGGUGGGCUGUUCCCAGUGCAUCAGAAGGGUGGCCCAGCAGAGGAUUGUGGUCCUGUCAAUGAGCACCGUGGCAUCCAGCGCCUGGAAGCCAUGCUUUUUGCACUGGACCGCAUCAACCGCGACCCGCACCUGCUGCCUGGCGUGCGCCUCGGUGCGCACAUCCUCGACAGUUGCUCCAAGGACACACACGCCCUGGAGCAGGCACUGGACUUUGUGCGUGCUUCACUCAGCCGCGGUGCUGAUGGCUCUCGCCACAUCUGCCCUGAUGGUUCUUAUGCCACCCACGGUGAUGCUCCCACUGCUAUCACCGGUGUCAUUGGUGGUUCCUACAGUGAUGUCUCCAUCCAGGUGGCGAACCUCCUGCGGCUAUUUCAGAUCCCACAGAUCAGCUACGCCUCCACCAGUGCCAAGCUGAGUGACAAGUCCCGCUAUGACUACUUUGCCCGCACAGUACCCCCUGACUUCUUCCAAGCAAAGGCCAUGGCUGAAAUUCUCCGCUUCUUCAACUGGACCUAUGUAUCCACUGUGGCAUCCGAGGGUGACUAUGGUGAGACAGGCAUUGAGGCCUUUGAGCUGGAGGCCCGUGCCCGCAACAUCUGCGUGGCCACCUCGGAAAAGCUGGGCCGUGCAAUGAACCGAGCAGCCUUCGAGGGUGUCGUGCGAGCCCUGCUGCAGAAGCCAAGUGCCCGUGUGGCUGUCCUAUUCACCCGUUCUGAGGAUGCCCGUGAGCUGCUUGCUGCCACCCAGCGCCUCAAUGCCACCUUCACCUGGGUGGCCAGUGAUGGCUGGGGGGCCCUAGAGAGUGUAGUGGCAGGCAGUGAGGGGGCUGCUGAGGGUGCCAUCACCAUCGAGCUGGCCUCCUACCCCAUUGGAGACUUUGCCUCCUACUUCCAGAGCCUGGACCCCUGGAACAACACCCGGAACCCCUGGUUUCGUGAGUUCUGGGAGCAGAGGUUCCACUGCAGCUUCCGGCAGCGAGACUGUGCAGCCCACUCUCUGCGGGCUGUGCCAUUUGAGCAGGAGUCCAAGAUCAUGUUUGUGGUCAAUGCUGUGUAUGCCAUGGCCCAUGCGCUGCACAACAUGCACAGUGCGCUUUGCCCCAACACCACACGCCUCUGUGACGCGAUGCGGCCAGUCAAUGGACGCCGCCUCUACAAGGACUUUGUGCUCAACGUCAAAUUUGAUGCCCCCUUCCGCCCAGCAGACACCCAUAAUGAGGUCCGCUUUGACCGAUUUGGUGAUGGUAUUGGACGCUACAACAUCUUCACCUAUCUGCGGGCCGGCAGUGGGCGCUAUCGCUACCAGAAGGUGGGCUAUUGGGCAGAGGGCCUGACCCUGGACACCAGCCUCAUCCCAUGGGCCUCACCCUCAGCAGGCCCCCUGCCUGCUUCUCGCUGCAGUGAGCCCUGCCUCCAGAAUGAGGUGAAGAGCGUGCAGCCAGGCGAGGUCUGCUGCUGGCUCUGUAUCCCAUGCCAGCCCUAUGAGUACCUGCUGGAUGAGUUCACCUGUGCUGACUGUGGCCUGGGCUACUGGCCAAAUGCCAGCCUGACCGGCUGCUACGAGCUUCCUCAAGAGUACAUUCACUGGGGUGAUGCCUGGGCCAUAGGACCUGUCACCAUUGCCUGCCUGGGUGCCCUGGCCACCCUCUUUGUGCUGGGUGUCUUUGUGCGGCAUAAUGCCACACCUGUGGUCAAGGCCUCAGGUCGGGAGCUCUGCUACAUCCUGCUGGGUGGUGUCUUCCUCUGCUACUGCAUGACCUUCAUCUUCAUUGCCAAACCAUCCAUGGCAGUUUGCACCUUACGGCGCCUUGGUUUGGGCACUGCCUUCUCUGUCUGCUACUCAGCCCUGCUCACCAAGACCAACCGCAUUGCACGUAUCUUUGGUGGAGCUCGGGACGGUGCCCAGAGGCCACGCUUCAUCAGUCCUGCCUCACAGGUGGCCAUCUGCCUGGCGCUCAUCUCAGGCCAGCUGCUCAUUGUGGCUGCCUGGCUGGUGGUGGAGGCACCAGGGACGGGUAAGGAGACAGCUCCUGAACGGCGGGAAGUGGUAACAUUGCGCUGCAACCACCGUGAUGCAAGCAUGCUAGGCUCACUGGCUUACAAUGUGCUCCUCAUUGCGCUCUGCACGCUCUAUGCCUUCAAGACUCGCAAGUGCCCUGAGAACUUCAAUGAGGCCAAGUUCAUUGGCUUCACCAUGUACACCACCUGUAUCAUCUGGCUGGCAUUCUUGCCCAUCUUCUAUGUCACCUCCAGUGACUACCGGGUCCAGACCACCACCAUGUGCAUAUCAGUCAGUCUCAGUGGCUCUGUGGUACUCGGCUGCCUCUUUGCACCCAAGCUGCACAUUAUCCUCUUCCAGCCUCAGAAGAAUGUGGUUAGCCACCGGGCACCCACCAGCCGCUUUGGCAGUGCCGCUACCAGGGCCAGCUCCAGCCUUGGCCAAGGAUCUGGCUCCCAGUUUGUCCCCACUGUUUGCAACGGUCGUGAGGUGGUGGAUUCGACAACGUCAUCGCUUUGAAGACCCCACACUCCUGCCCUGACACAGCUGCUCCCUGGAACCCCAUGCAGACUUGCGUCCAGGGCCAGAGGAAGUUGGCUGGAGCACUGCAAUAAUGCUCAUCCCAUGUCCACCCCAAAGUCACUUACCUAUUUACUUGCCCCAACCUUUCAGAGUCAUAAGUCAUCAUGGGCCUUAGCCAGAGAGCCUUUGCAAUGACCACUAACAGUCCUUGAAGCAUUGUCCCCUCCUUGCCAGUCCCAGGGCUCAGAGAGAAGUAAGCUGGGGUCCACUUUGCCCUGGAGCAGGGUGGUUGAGGACUUCAGACCUCAAUCUCGAUUAGCAAAGGUGCUUCCAGCCCAGUCCAUCCCCUGUUCUAGGCCCUUUUUUAUUUUUUAUAUAAAUUAAUUUGGGAUAGGGAGAAUAGUUAUUGUGGGGGCUCUUCCUCCCUCUGCACAGUAGUUUGUCUUGUGGUUUAUUUUAUAUUACCUGUAAAUAAAGUGUCUUUAUUUUAAAAAAAUCAUUAUUUGCCCCAGAUCCUGGGAGGCCCCUUACACCCUCCCCAACCUCCUAACCUUCAUUCUGGUAGUGGUUGUUGACUCUGUUCUGUGUCCUGAUGAUAGGACCUGGCAGCCACCAAGACAGACCCAGCUCUCCCUGGAGGGGAGACAGAAAAGGAAUAAAUCAUGUUCCCUUAAAAGGAGUCACUGCAGGAUGGCUAAGGCAUUCCUGGGGUAAGGCAGGAAUAGACUCAUCUGGCAGACCAAGGGAGGGGUUUCCCUAGGGAUCCAGCAUCCAGGACAGUGUAGGCAAUAGGGCAGGAGAGACAGCUGGCUGUGACCCCAGGAACAGUAGGCUUUUCCAUGAACUUCCCGGCAUUUGGAGGAGCCAUUGGUUCUUAUGGAGCCAGGCUGAGCAUUUGGUGCAGAGGGAACAAGGGAAAGCAUAUUUAUGGGAUGAAACAUCACCUAUUUAUAUGGCACAUGGAAAGCCAGAAAGAGUUUGUGGCAAGAGUGGGUAAAGCAGAAUGGGUAGUUGGAAAGGCCAUCUGCUCUCAGGCCCAGCGAGAAGUCUGGGAAGGGGGUCUUUCUCCAGUCUCUGCCCUGGUGGACACAUGAAGCCCAGUGCCAUUGGGCAUGUCCUGUGUUUGCUUUUGGAGCUCACCAGCAGAGGGCGCCGAGGUACAUGGCUUAGGACAGGCAACAGCAGCCUUCAAAUGGCCUAGAGGGCACCUGGCAUCCAACAAGAAGAACAUGGCAGUUUCAGGGAAGCCCCAGACUCUC